UAUAUUUUUCACGAAGCACGAUUCGUAAAUGCGGUAAAUUUUCUGGUUUAUGCGGCAGGUCGCAAAUGUUAGUUAAAAUGUCUCUCGGAAUUGUUGAAGGACUAGCAGAAACACGCAUUUUUGGUGGAGUACACAGUGAACUGUGAAUUGCGGCCUGACGCGUAUCUGCCUCAAAAAAGAGCUACGAUUUUCUCUUCGUUUAGUUAUAUUCCACUGGUGACAACGGACAGCUGCUAGUCGAUGAAUCAAGUGUUGCAAAAACUAAAUUUCCGCAUAUCGUAAUUUUGCGUUAUACUAGCGGUUGCGUGAAUCAUCAGAGCUCACCAGUUUUUGUCUAUUCAUUGCCCCAAAACAUCUAACAACAAUGGCCAUAGUACCCGUGGGAAAGAAUUUUGUGAUUGUUAAGGAAUAUGAGCUGGAGGGAAUGAUGAAAAUUUUACAGAAUUAUUUUCCUUAUUCCUUAAAAUUCCAUGAAACGAUCAAGACGUACCUGAAUGAUAGAGUAUGGCACUUUCAAUUUUAUAGGGCGAAAACAUGGCCAGACGAUCCUAUUUGCUUACAUUUUCCUGGUUGUACAUAUACGCCGGACAAUAGAACUAACGAGAGCGUAGGUAUCUUCUGUCCUCCAGAUAAACUAGAGCGAAUGGAACUGAUUAAAGACGAGGACAUUCUUUUCGAUUGGAAUAGUCCAAUUUAUAUGAAUUUCACACAUGUAGGCAUUAUGCGUACGAUGGAAGAGAUAUUCAGAGAAAAAGUAAAGGGAAAGUUGGAUGGGCAUAUCUAUGGGGACAUAUAUGUACACGAAUGUCCUAAUGAUUUAGAUUUACCAUUGGAACCGUUGGCAUCGAACGAGGUGAUUAUGAAACCGCUCUGUAUAAACGAUGUCAAGGACAUUCACGAUCUUUACCCAGCCAGCGACAUCGAGAGUUUAGAGUUGUUUAAUAAAUUAGUGCAUCAGCUUCCGGGCUUCGGAGUGUUUAAUUUAUCUGACAACGAAUUAGCUGCCUGGAGUUUGCAGUCAUAUUACGGAGGAAUGUUUUCCAUGCAAACGAAGCCUAAAUUUCGUAGAAAAGGAUACGGUAUUCAGGUUGCAAAAUCAUUGACGAAGUUAGUCAUACAGCGAGGAUACAUACCAUUUGUUGUAAUAAGACCUGAAAACGAUGCUUCACGAGGACUGUACACUAAAUUAGGUUUCCGUAAAGCAUUCGAGAGUGUACGAGGUACUUUUUUACCCCAUUGUGGGGUAGAAGAAACAUCAACGAGAUUUACUGAGGAUGAAAAGGGAGAAUUAUCGGAAACAUUGUCGGAAAAGCACACUAAUUGUGAACAUGGCGAUGGUGUGAAUGGAACGGCUACGGAGAAGGAAAAGCAUCGUUAAACUGUUUUAAAAUAUACUGCAAAGGACGUGACUCUACAUAAAACAUUCCUUGACAAAGAUUGGCGCAAAGUUUAUAGUAGUAGCGAUCGCAAUUCCGCAGCCGUAACCGCAGGCGCAACAGCAAAAGCAGCAUAAAAGCAUCAUCAACACCAGCAGCAGCCGCAGCCGCAGCAGCAGCCGCAUAGCUCAGCAGCCUGCUCCGCAAAAAGUAUUAAUGGCCACUAUCGCAACGUACCUUGUCCGGAAAUAUCUAUGGAAUGCACACCUUCUAUGUUUUUCUUCAGAUAGAUAGAUUCUUUUAUAAAUCUCAAUAAACCAAAAUGUUUGCUUUA